CCAAUGAGUUCCACUCCAUCCAUUCAUGUAAGUUCCACGGAUUCUAUUUUUAUUUCUCUUUGACGUACAAUCUUUCAAAUGGGUAAAUGUUUGUGCUUUGUGUUACGAAUGCUUUAUCUUUAUUAGCAGUGUUUUGAUUGUUUUGAGUUGGAUAUUGGUUCUUGUUUUGGAUUUUGAUUAUGAUACAAACUGCUUGGUCGUGUUAAAUGGAUUACGUAUCAAUGGCGGACAAAGAGUGUAUAUAUGAUUGAAGUUGAUAAGAAAUGACGAAACUUUUUUUGUAUGUUUUUGCAAUUCUGGCAAUACAUACUUGGGCUACCGUUGCUGAAUCCCAAAUAAAGUACAAAGACCCGAAACAACCAUUAGGUUUUCGAAUAAGGGACUUGAUGAAGAGGAUGACUUUGAAAGAAAAGAUUGGUCAAAUGACACAGAUUGAUAGUCGUGUAGCUACACAAGAAGUAUUGCAGAAUUACUCAAUAGGGAGUUUAUUGACCAAUGCAGCGAUCCCUUCAUCUCAAGACCCAUCGAGUCCGCAGGCAUGGAUUAACAUGAUCAACAAUUUCCAAAGAAAAUCAUUGUCUUCUCGUUUGGGUAUUCCCCUGAUGUAUGGAAUUGAUGCUGUCCAUGGCAAUAGUAGAGUUUAUAAUGCCACUAUUUUCCCACAUAAUAUUGGCCUUGGAGUAACUAGGGACGUUGAAUUGGUGAAGAAAAUUGGAGCUGCGACUGCUCUUGAAGUUCGAGCAACUGGCAUCAACUAUGCCUUUGCACCUUGUGUUGCGGUAUGUAGAGAUCCAAGAUGGGGUCGUUGCUUCGAGAGCUUUAGUGAAGAUCCUAAUAUUGUUCGAGCCAUGACUGAGAUCAUACCUGGACUUCAAGGAAGCAUUCCUAGCGACGGUCGAUUAGGUGUUCCUUUUGUUGGCGGACAAGAAAAGAUUGCAUCUUGCGCCAAACACUAUGUGGGUGAUGGUGGAACGACAAGAGGCAUCAAUGAGAACAAUACAGUCAUAGAUUUUCAUGGUUUAUUGAGCAUUCAUAUGCCACCGUACUUUGAUGCAGUACGGAAGGGUGUUACAACCGUCAUGAUUUCUUACUCUAGCUGGAAUGGAGUCAAAAUGCAUAGAAAUGGUCCACUUAUAACUGGAUUUCUAAAGAACACUCUCAAAUUUAGAGGAUUUGUGAUCUCAGAUUUUUUCGGUAUCGACCGGCUGACAGAUCCGCCUCAUGCUAAUUACACUUGGUCCAUUCAACAAAGCAUUACGGCUGGCCUAGACAUGGCGAUGAUUGGCUCCAACUACACUGAAUUCAUCAAUGAGAUGACUUUCCUUGUGAAGAAUAAUUUCAUCCCAAUGAGUCGGAUUGAUGAUGCAGUAAAGAGGAUUCUACGCGUCAAGUUUGUAAUGGGUCUGUUUGAGAACCCAUUCACAGAUCUAAGCAUGGCGAAAUAUCUUGGAGAGCAGGAUCAUCGAGAUUUGGCUAGGGAGGCAGUAAGGAAAUCUUUAGUCUUGCUAAAGAACGGUAAAUUCGUCAACCAACCAAUGCUUCCUCUUCCAAAAAAGUCGACUAAAAUUUUGGUGGUGGGCACCCAUGCUGAUGAUAUUGGUAAUCAGUGUGGUGGUUGGACCAUUGAAUGGCGUGGGAAAAGUGGCAAUAUAACAAGAGGUACGACCAUUUUAUCUGCCGUGAAAAACACGGUUGACCCUACAACACAAGUUUUAUAUGUAGAAAACCCGACUCCUGAUUUUAUCAAGUCAAACAACUUCUCAUACGCCAUUGUGGUAACGGGUGAGUUCCCAUACUCGGAGUCAGCCGGAGACAGCCAGAAUCUAACGAUACCAGAACCUGGGCCCACAACUAUCAUGAACGUGUGUGUGUUGGUGAAGUGUGUUGUUGUCCUAAUCUCAGGUAGACCUGUUGUGAUCGAACCUUAUGUUCCUAUCAUGGAUGCUUUGGUGGCUGCAUGGCUUCCAGGGACUGAAGGCCAAGGUGUCACCGAUGUUCUGUAUGGUGACUAUGGUUUUACGGGCAAACUAGCACAUACUUGGUUCAAGACUGUUGAUCAGCUCCCGAUGAAUGUUGGCGAUUCACAUUAUGAUCCGUUGUAUCCAUUUGGAUAUGGGCUUACAACUAAACCUACCAAGCGAAUUUAGAAGAUAUAUAUCAAGGAUUGAACUUAUAGGGUGUGUGUAACUUUAUGUUAUUACUAAUUUUUUUGUUAGUGUGUGCAUAUUGCAACAUAUUGCAACUUGUACAUUUGACCUAUGCCUCAUUCAGUAGUCUAAAGCCCAUUCCCCUUGGCCCUU